AUGAAGAACCUGCAGGCUGAGAUCCAGCAGCUGAGUGACGAGUUGGAGUACCACAAGUCUCUGCUGGCUGUGCCCAGACAGUUAAUGAGGCUGGCUGCUGACCUCUACCAGUCUCUGCUGGGGGUGUCCCGUCUCUCUCCUGCCUAUUACUUUUCCCUACAUGGCUUCAUCACAGUAAUGCAAGAGGCCUUUCUCAUGAAGGAUAGACCAUUAGUGCCAUAUACUAUUUUGAAAAUGCCAAAGGAAGUAAAAGCAGAGGUCACAAACAGGAUGGUAACCCAAAUGUUGCUCCAAUACCGGCCUCUUCUCUUCAAGAGUCAUGUUGCUGUUCUGAAGCUGCUGGUGUCUUUGACUCGACUUCAACAUAACCAGCUGUGCUCUGAGACUGAGAGGGUGGCUUUUAUCAGGGGCUUUCAAGACAUAAAACAUCCUCUCACACAUAUAAAACCUUGUCUCCUUCCUCCUACUCUGUCACCUUCCACUAGUGCUUUGCCAUGCUGGAUCCCCUCUCAUAUUCACCAAGAGCUCCUCUGCUUGGAAAAGAUGCCGGACUUUGGUGGGUUGAUUGCCUCUCUCUCCGCUUUCCAGACACAGUGGCAGGAGUAUCUUCGGUUCCCUUCCUCCACUGUAGCAGGAGCUAUUCCCUGUUGCUCUCACUCCCAUCUGUCCGUGCUGCAGCGGGCUCUCCUCUGGAAGACUGUGAACCCUGACUGCCUGGAGGGACUAGCUGAGGCCAUGGCUGCCCACCACUCUUUUCUUCCUGGACAGAGAGGAGGGACUGAGGCCCCUUACAGUGGGAACCCAAAGGCCCUAUUACAAGUUCUCGUCAAACAUAAGGGACCCAUCAUUCUCACAUUACCCAGUCCAAGUGGAGAUAAGUCGACAAACAUUCAGCCUCUUUAUCUAAUAAACACACUGGCCCACUGUGUUGCAGGAACAAAACAGGUUCAGGUGAAAGUCAUUUCUCUUGGGGCUCUGUGUGACAGAGACAUGAUUCUUUCAAUGCUGGAAAAAGCUGUUCAUGAGGGCCACUGGUUGGUUUUUAACAACUGUCACCUGUUUGAACAAUGGGAUGAUAAAGUAGUGGCUCGCCUCAGAUGGUUGAUCUCAUCUCUAAGAGAUAACCAAAGCCUGAGUCACCCUUGCUUCCAGUUAUGGUUUAUAACACAAGAAUAUAAAUCAUGCUCCAUACCAGCUGCUAUGCGACUGUGUGCCUUUCCUCUGGUCUGUGACUCUCCAUGGGAUCUGAAGGAUGAGCUGAGCAGCUCUUUUCGUGAAGUGGUGUCCAUCGUGCAGAGAAAAUCACAGUGGGACGUGACAGCAGACAACAAGGAGCUUCUCCUCCGCUGUGCCAUCUUCCACUCUGUUUUACUGCAGAGACAGAGCUAUAAAUACUUAGGCCAAGGCAGAAUAUACAGUUGGGGUCAGGACGACCUCCUGGCUUUGAUUGAUGCCCACUUCAGUGUUGCCAAUCACUGCCAUGACAGGUUCCAGGCUUUGCAUUACAUAGCAGGCUUCCCAGACUCCUUUAGGAUCAGUGAGGACUUUGUGCCCCCAGCUAAACCCGUCUGCCUCACUGCCGGCCUACAACCAGGCUAG